AUGAAGAUGAAGGGGGACUCGAGGGAUAAGCCCCAAAAAAAGAAUUCGAAAGUAGACAUAGACGAUGAUUUCCUUGAAUAUGAAGAACCCAAAAAAUGGUUUGAUGAGAUUCAAGAAGACCCAAAAACAUUUGAAAAGUGCACAGAACAAGUAUUGAUUGAUCUAAAAGAUGAAGCAAAAAAGUGUCAUGAUUCUGAAACUGCUAAUUACAAUCUAAAAAAUUCUAAAACAAAUCGAGAUUAUCAGUGGAUGAAAACUGUUAUGACUAAAGGUACAGUUUCUGAUAAGAUAGCUGCACACACAGUUUUAAUUCAGGAGAAUCCAAUAUGUAAUUUAGAAACAAUCAGGAAUAUGAUUGGAAUGGUGAAAGUAGGCAAAAAGAAGGAAUGUGUUAAAGUCAUGGAAACCCUGACCGAACUCUUCACCAACGACCUCCUGAGACCCGGCAAAAGACUCUCGCCCUUCCACCAGCGCCCCCUGUCCCUUUUGACGGAACUGUCGUCGGGCAACGCGGUGAGCAGACGCAAACUGCUCGCCGCCUGGUACUUCGAAGAUCAGCUGAAAGAGGCGUACGCCACUUUCGUGUUGGCCUUGAACGCCGUGGCUCAAGACACGGUCGACAGCAACAAAGAGAAGGCCGUCACCGCCAUGUACAAGUUGUUGGCGGGGAAUCCGGAGCAGGAGAAGAACCUCCUGAAAUACGUUGUAAACAAACUGGGUGACCCCUCGCAAAAGGUCGCCUCCAAGGUGAUGUAUUGCUUGACGCAGCUGCUGUUCCAGCACGCCAACAUGCAACAGGUGGUGCUUGGUGAGAUCGAGCGGCUGAUGUUCAGGGCCAACGUCGCCUCAAGGGCGCAGUACUACAGCCUGUGCUUCCUCUCGCAGUACCAGCUGAGUCACGAGGCGGCAGACGUGGCCAGGAAGCUGGUCGACGUGUAUUUCUCCUUCUUCAAGGCCUGCGUCAAAACGGGAGACGUAGAUAGCCGGAUGAUGUCCGCUCUGCUCACCGGCAUCAACCGGGCGUACCCUUACGCCAAAAUGGAGUACGACCAGGUGUCCCAGCACAUCGACACCAUCUACCGGCUGGUGCAUCUGGCUAACUUCAAUAUCGGCCUGCACGCCCUCACGAUACUCUAUCAGGUGUCGGUUACGGCCAGCAACAAAAUUGCAGACAGGUUUUACGGUGCCUUGUACAGAAAACUUUUUGACCCUAGCCUUCUUACCACAACCCAUCGUGCAAUGUUGUUGAGUCUCAUUUAUAAGGCCCUCCUGAAAGAUAAAGAGAUCGACAGGGUCAAAAUGUUCGUUAAAAGAUUACUGCAAAUUUCUCUCUUCACGCAACCGUGUUUCUCUUGCGGUAUCCUCUUUUUGGUAUCCCAACUGAUGGGAAAGAGGGAACAUCUUCAAGCUCUAAUACUUAGCGAGAGUGACAAAAAAUAUGCAGGAAUUGAUGCAGAUGAAUUAAAGGACGAAAACUUGGAGAUAAAAGAAGAAAUAUUGGAGGACCCCAUAACUCAGGACUCCUCCUCCCCCUCCCAAAUUCUGUCAGACCCCAUCGAAAUAAAGGAAGAAGAAGAGGACGUCAAACCCGACGUGGAUUUAUUAGACGCCGCCAUCAAGGCCGAAAAGAAUCUGAAAAAGGAGAAAGGGCCGGUGGAGGCGUACAACCCUUGGGCGCGCAACCCCCUGUAUGGGGGUGGAAAGUAUGCCGCCUACGUGGAACUGUACGAUCUCGCCAAUCAUUUUCAUCCGACCGUCGCACUGUUCGCCAGGAAUAUUGUCAGAGGCGAGACGAUCAAGUAUGCUGGGGAUCCGCUCAACGAUUUCACCCUCAUCAGGUUUCUGGACAGGUUUGUGUUCAAGAACCCGAGGAAAAUUGAGGAGACGGCAGGCAAAAACCCUAUGUUCGCCAAGAGAAAGUUAUACAGGGCGAAGGGCGUCAAAUCGUUAUCUGUCAAGUCUGCAGGGUAUGCCAAAGAAAAUCCCGAUAACAUUCCGGUGGACGAGCUCUUCGUGCACAUGUACUUGCAAGAAAAGUAUAGAGAGAAGGCCGAGCGGGACGAGGAGGCGGACAGCGAUUUGGAGUCUGUCCAAAGCGAGGAAUUCGAAGAGAUGUUGGACAAGAUGGCCGGCGUCCGAGACGACGAGGAGGAUAUAGAUUAUAUGCGAGAAAUCGGCGACACUCUCCGGAAAAGUGAUGAGAAAAAGAAGAAGAGCAAAGGUAAACGAGAAGAUGAAGAUGGUAGCAUUUCUGAAAAUGAAGAAAUGGACGAGGAAUUGAGUGAUUUUGACCAAGAUAAUGAUGAUGAUGAAUUAUUGGAUGAAGAUGAUGAUGAUGGGAUGGACGAGAUGGAUGAAGAUGACAAAGAGUUACUUGCCGAUUUGAGCAGCGACGACGAUGAAGAAGACAUUGAAUUCAUGGAGGAUGACGAAGAAGAAGUAGAACGAAACAAGAAGAAGAUGAAAAAGUUGCGAAAGGGCGGCAACAAGGACGACAUCAUGUCGCAAUUCGCCGCAGCCGAUGAAUUUGCCGCCCUGCUCGAAGAAGAGGGUAGUUCGAGGGUUAAAUCGGGAACGUCUAGCGCUUUCCUCAACAGGGAUAAUGCCGAUGUUAAACAACUGGCUUGGGAAGACGAUAGAAACAAAUGGUUGAGAGGCUUCGACAGAGCCGUAGGAGGGGGGCACAGGAAAAGAAAAGCCGUGGGGGAUCGCAAAAAAGGAAAAAAUUCAUUCAAAAGAAAAAAAUAG